AUGAAUAGCACACUCUCUUUAGAAGUAUUAGCUUUAUCAUAUGACGUCCGAAAACCAGCAGAAAAUUUAAGGGGACCAUUAUUGAUAAUACGACUAAUGACAUUGAUGAUUAUGGUGGCAUUGCUGACUUUACAUCUGCGGUCUUUGAGAGUAUUUCGAUGGGAGCAGUCGGUGUCUGGUGGACUACUGGUGACAUAUUGUAUUGCUUCGUUGGGACUAGCCUUAUGUGCUGGUACAACUAAGUGCGGUGGACUGGCGUUUCAGGCAUAUUUAUGCGGUGUGGGAACUGUGCUACUUGCAGUGAAUGCUGUGAUCCUGUACCAACGUUGGCGAUACGCAGGUGAACUGACUAGAGUCGUUGCUGAGUUCCUGGUGGCCAUGGGUGUACCGCUUCGCAGACAAGUCCUCACGAAGGUCGUGCUCAGUGCUGCCGCCGCAACAACACUUUUGGCUGACCUAGUGGCAGCUCCGUUAUUGCCUAAUUCACGUAGCGAAUAA